CUUUCUUCACUUUGUACCUCAAAUCCCCCCCUAUUAAUUCCCUUCACCCUGCCCCCUCGUACUUCUCCAACCCUUUCUUCUUUUUAUUUUACAUCUCUCUCUCUCUCUCUCUCUCUAUAUAUAUAUAUAUAUAUAAUCAACACCAUCCACUACUUUCUCACGCGCCAUUAACAAAGAUAUGGUACAAACAAAGAAGUUCAGAGGAGUUAGGCAACGCCAGUGGGGCUCCUGGGUGUCAGAAAUUCGCCACCCUUUACUGAAGAGAAGGGUGUGGCUAGGGACAUUUGAGACAGCUGAGGCAGCAGCAAGGGCAUAUGACCAAGCAGCCAUUUUGAUGAAUGGUCAGAAUGCAAAGACCAAUUUCCCCACCUCAAAGAACCAAGCUGAAGCUGAUGACAACAACAACACUGACACUUUCUUAUCUCCAAAAGCUCUUUCAGAACUUCUCAGCACAAAGCUGAGAAAGUACUGCAAAGACCCUGCUCCUUCCCUCACUUGUCUGAGGCUAGAUGCUGAUAAUUCCCACAUUGGAGUGUGGCAGAAAGGGGCAGGACCACAUUCUGGCUCCAACUGGGUCAUGAGGUUAGAGCUUGGAAAGAAACAAAUUACCGAGGAGGGUAGUGAGUCAACGGAGUCACCACAAAGUAGUACUAAUGGUGCUACUGAAAAUAAUGAAGUAGAAGAGGAGGAUAGAGUGGCUUUGCAGAUGAUUGAAGAACUACUUAAUUGGAACUAGAAGAAGAAGAAGAAAAAAGGGAACCUUAAUCCGUGUCAUAUAUAGUUCUUGAAUAGUAGUCCUUUUUUCAUGCUAUCCUUUUCAAUUCGUUUACUUUUGUGCUUUCUGUAAAAAAAAAUGUUUGUCAAAGUGCUGAUAUCUAUAUGAUGAUGGCCAGUUUGAUAGUUACUUAUAUUAUACACUUUUUAAGAUAUAUUGUGAUUGAUGGUAAUUAUGCAUCAGAAGAUGGAUCAAUCUAGGAACAAGGAAAAGGUACUUUGUGUGUCAAUUUUAAUUAUUCCUUCCAAGUAAAGCAACGCCUGGGAAAAAAUCAGCCACAGGUUACUUCCAAUCCAAA